UGGAGAGAAGCUCCGCAGAUAACCAAGCAGCACUGCAUUCUGGGCCUCCAGGGGGACGAAUCUCUACCUAAGUAAGACCUCACUCCUCUCCAGUGGCUGCUCAUGCCACCAGCUGGGAGUUGACAUGGAUUUCUAAAUUUAGUGUGCCAAGAUAGUCGACUUCAUCAACAGGUUAGCUAAACACUCUGUGUGAGGGCCUAACUGGCCUCUAACUCCAGGGAUGAGAGCUGACAAACUGGAAUACUAACUCUUCUCAAGGCAAACAACACCGUUUUAAAUUAUUUUUGUUGCUGCUGCUUCUGCCGUUUUCAGAUUUGACACCUUUUCAGAAAAUGUCAAUUUGUGAAAUCUUGUAAUACCGGCUGUUUUGGUGAAACUAAUGCACUGGCCACAAAACAGAUGGAAAGGCAGCUUCCUCCAAUGUCAGGUGUGUCUGAAAGGUGUUUGUGUAUGGACAUGUACUUAAUGCUUCAGGUGUUUAUUAGGGCUUACACCUGAACAGAAAUGUGAGUGUGUUGCUGUGUGUGGGAGCUGCUGGAACAGUUGGUUGGUUAUUGUUUAAGGGUGUGAGAUUGUCUGUGUGUAUGAAACAAGUAAGAGUUGCUUGAAGAGAGUGUGUGUGUGUGUGUGUGUGUGUGUGUUUGUGUGUGAAGUGGUGGGGCCUUGCGGAGGUCGUAGCCCUGGAUUUCUUAGAAAUGGAGGGUCAUGGUUAUGACCGGUUUGGAGAUGGGGAGAGGGACACUUACCAGAUCGACUACCGGAGAAUUGUAGGGGACAUGGAACCAGCACGGCCACGCAUCCCGAACAGAGAUGGGGAACAAACUCAAGCCUACGGGUCCUUAGCCCACCCGACGCCACAUGGACAUGGGCAUGAGACUGCAGCCCAGCGAUACAGUGCAACACGUAUCCAAGCUGGAUAUGAACCAGAGAGCAUGGCAGACUACUUGAUCAGUGGAGGAACAGGUUAUGUUCCUGAAGAUGGAUUAACAGCACAACAACUCUUUUCUAUUGGUGAUGGACUGACAUACAAUGACUUCUUGAUCCUCCCUGGGUUCAUAGAUUUUACUUCCGAUGAGGUGGAUCUAACCUCUGCAUUGACGAGGAAGAUAACCCUGAAGACACCUCUUAUUUCAUCUCCCAUGGAUACAGUCACAGAGUCACCGAUGGCCAUCGCCAUGGCAUUGAUGGGUGGGAUUGGAAUAAUUCAUCAUAACUGUACUGCUGAGUUCCAGGCCAACGAGGUGCGCAAAGUCAAGAAAUUUGAGCAGGGCUUUAUCACUGAUCCGGUGGUGAUGAGUCCUCGACACACAGUGGGGGACGUGUUUGAGGCCAAGAGAUGCCACGGUUUCUCUGGGAUCCCUGUAACAGAGACCGGCAAGAUGGGCAGCAAGCUGGUCGGCAUCAUCACCUCCAGAGACAUCGACUUUCUGUCUGAGAACGACCAUGACAAACCCCUGGAGGAGGCAAUGACAAAAAGAGAAGAUUUAGUUGUUGCGCCUGCUGGAGUCACACUAAAAGAGGCUAAUGAUAUACUGCAACGUGGCAAAAAAGGAAAGCUACCCAUAGUAAAUGACAGCGAUGAGCUGGUUGCCAUCAUUGCGAGGACCGACUUGAAGAAGAACAGAGAUUAUCCUCUGGCUUCCAAGGACUCCCGCAAACAGCUGCUGUGUGGAGCUGCAAUCGGCACAAGAGAGGACGACAAGUACAGACUAGACCUACUCAUGCAGGCUGGGGUGGAUGUGGUGAUCCUGGAUUCCUCCCAAGGAAACUCAGUGUAUCAAAUCAAUAUGAUAAACUACAUCAAACAGAAAUAUCCUGAACUACAGGUAGUUGGAGGAAAUGUGGUGACAGCUGCUCAGGCCAAAAACCUCAUAGACGCUGGUGUGGAUGCCCUGAGGGUGGGCAUGGGGUGUGGCUCUAUCUGUAUCACCCAGGAAGUGAUGGCGUGUGGACGGCCCCAAGGUACAUCGGUAUACAAGGUUGCAGAGUAUGCCCGACGUUUUGGAGUGCCAGUAAUUGCUGAUGGAGGCAUUCAGACUGUUGGACAUGUGGUGAAGGCUCUGGCCUUGGGAGCAUCAACAGUGAUGAUGGGGUCGUUGCUCGCGGCAACCACUGAAGCUCCAGGAGAAUUUUUCUUUUCAGAUGGUGUCCGUCUGAAAAAGUACAGAGGAAUGGGCUCCUUGGAUGCCAUGGAGAAAAAUAACAGUCAGAAACGCUACUUCAGUGAGGGAGACACGCUGAAGGUGGCUCAAGGUGUCUCAGGAUCAGUGCAAGAUAAAGGCUCCAUUCACAAGUUUGCUCCCUACCUCAUUGCUGGUAUCCAACAUGGCUGUCAGGACAUCGGAGCCAAGAGUUUAUCCAUUUUACGGUCGAUGAUGUACUCUGGAGAGCUGAUGUUUGAGAAGAGAACCAUGUCUGCUCAGAUGGAGGGAGGAGUCCACGGCCUCCACUCAUAUUAUUUUGUGCCAUUUACGAGAAACGACUUUACUGAAGCGAGAGGAAGAGGAAACAUUCGAACAGGACCAAAUGUCACAUCCCCAGCAGCUAUGAGCAGAUGCACCAGGCACAUGUGAUCAAACUACAAACAGAAAGCUGUUGUUUUAAUGUACAACCUACACACUCUAAAUCCUGAGACUGUUGACUUGUGUUGUGUUCUCUCCUCUGUUUCUUGUGUCUAACAUCUCUGACCCCAUCAAAACAAAAGCAUUUAAACCUCAAUUUAAAGUUCAAACUUAACAUGCAGUUGAGUCCGCCCUUGAACUCAUUAGCUGUCUUUCUUCCACUGUGGCCAAGGUGCAGUGGAGGUAAUGUAAUUAUCUGAUCCCUUUCAACACGCCAACGGAUGUUACUUUAGGAUAAGCGUAUCAUUGCUGGUGUAACGGGAGGCCCAUCUCCUGGUUGGCCUCUGAAUUACACCCUGAUACAGGCGAGUCGGCAAUACAACGACGCGUGUCAUGAUUUCUGUGUAUAGUGCAACAUGCAUUGACUUCUGGAGGACAUCAAGCAGUUAGAUACUUUAUUUGCAGAAUAAAAAUGUUUCCCAUUUUAUUUCAGAAUAUGAGUAAAGUUACAGAUGAAUUAAACAACCUCAUUACAGCUCUGUACUGAUAACUUGUGUGUAAAGUGUACUCAACCACGAGGAAACAUCUACAUAUAGUUCAAUUGUGUUCUCAUUAUCUUAUUAACAACACCUGCUAGUUUUUGUUCAAGCAAACUAUGUAAUUUCUCUGACAGACAAAUAUUUUAUUUGUACAUAAUGGAUUCUCUGCUCUCAUCACCCUGAAUGUAAUCUCGACUCCAGAUUUUGAGUUCUUUAAAUGUGAUGUUGGUGCUGUUGCAGAAGGGACCAAAGCUUAGCAUCAGCCUUAACUCAAAUACUUAGUCGUUUUAAAGGCGCAAUCGUGUGUAAUCUCACUCUGAAUUUUCCUCUGCUCACCUUAUUUGAUACAGAAAAAACUUUCUCACAAAUUGUUUGCAUGACAAGACACACAGCUAUACACACAUUGCAUUUCUGCUUAUCUGCUUAUAAUUCCAUACAUUAUUCUCAUUUUAUAUUUAUACUACAAAUACAUCUGAGUAACUUCAGCUUGACAUGUUGUAAUCUUCUAGAAUUUAAUUUUCUUAAACACACAGUAUUCAUUACAUGGCAAUUGACUGUACAUAAUACAUAAUAAAGGUAGUUAUUGUCUAUUAUUUUUAGAUUCAUGAUAAUACAUAUAUAUUGUCAAUGAAAUAGAGCAAUAAAGUCAGUGGAGAAGGUUUGGAACAAACAAUUGCUUCGGAUAUAUUUAUAUAUCUAUGUAGUCAAACUAUAUUUAAAGUUGAUUCAUCAGUUUUAAGUGUGAUUUCUUAUUUUUCUGGGUGUUACUCAACAUCUUUGGUAUACCAUAAGUUGUUCUAUGAUAAACUGUACUGGUGUACUGGUUGAUCAAGUUUCUUAAUAGUUUCUUAUUUAAAGAUUACAGAACAUAUUAUAUGAAUAUAUUUUCUUCUAUCACCCAAUGGUUUUAAAAGUAUGUCUAUGUUAAUAGUGUUGGAUGAAUAAAGAUAACUGACGAGC